CAUAACCAAACAAAUAUUGCUUAUCUCUUAUAAGUUAUAACCAUCUAAAAAUGUAAACAACACAAUAAUAUAAUUUUAUUUACAAAUUGUUUUAAACUACUGAAUAAUGUAAAACCAUUAAGUAAAUAGUGUACGGUAAAUCAUUGGACACAAUGGAACAAUGCAAAGAUCAGAAGACAUGGUUAGGAAGCAGUUUAAAUGAUAUAUGCAAAGGAAAAGGCAUCUGGAGUUUUAGUGUAAGCCCUGUAAUACCAUCAAAAUAUCAUUCAGUUUUGUAUCAAUUACCUGUUAAUCUAAGUACCCCACCUAAACCACAUGUACCAACACAAACAUUACAUUGGGACGAAGAUUAUGUUCGUAUGCCUUAUUCUUUUAGCAAUGUCUUUCCUGUUGUAGAAAAUGGCAUAAAUACUUUAAAGUCUAGAUGGAAGUUAAUAUUAAAUAUAUUCUCUAAACCUAUCAACUCAAGCAGAGAAUUUGAGGCAGCUAUAAGCAAGUACAACAAAAAUUUACCUAGGUUUAGUGCAUUACAUAACUAUUUUGACGAGAUUCCAGAAUCAGAAGCACAUGAUUUUUUUACCAAUUGCUUGCCCAAUAUUAUUAAGUUAGCAUUAAGGUUGCCUGACAUACUACCAGGAAACUUACCCUUGCUGAAAAGAGGCCACUGCAAGUCUCUUAGUUUAAGCCAGUUGCAGGUUUCAUCCUUAUUGGCAAAUGCUUUCAUUUGCACCUUUCCAUGGAGAAAGGACAUGAUGCACUAUCCAGGAGUGAACUUUUCAGUGCUAUUUUCAGCUGAAAGCAGUUACUUUUCCGAGAAGUUAAAAUGUAUAAUUUACUAUUUUAAAAGGGUAACGAAUAAAAAUCCCACAGGCGUUAUUACUUUUGAAAGAAAACAUAUUUCAAGAACAAAUAUGCCGAGGUGGGAUAACCUGGAAAAUAAUUUGGGCAACACAAAAAUUCAUGUGAACAGUUCGGGAACCAUUGAAGAUGAUGGUUUGGGUUUUUUACAAGUUGAUUUUGCCAAUAAAUAUAUUGGUGGUGGUGUUCUUGGGUAUGGCUGUGUUCAGGAAGAAAUACGAUUUUUAAUAUGCCCUGAACUAAUAGUUAGUAGGUUAUUUAUAGAGCAAAUAGGCGAUAGUGAGGCUGUCAUUAUUACCGGGGCAGAAAGAUUCAGUAACUACACAGGGUACGCAGACAGCUUUAAAUGGUCUGGACACCACCAGGACCUUACACCACAUGACGAUUAUGGCCGCUUAAAGACCACCAUAAGUGUGAUUGAUGCUACUCAUUUUUCCAGACCAAAAGAUCAAUACUAUCCAUCAGCAAUUUUAAGAGAGGUCAAUAAGGCUUAUGUAGGUUUUAGUUCGAGAGAAAGGGACAACCUGGCUCCUGUUGCGACUGGAAACUGGGGAUGCGGUGCAUUUAGGGGCGAUCCAAAUCUGAAAUCAUUAAUUCAACUCAUGGCUUCGUGUGCUGCAGGUAGAGAUUUAAUAUAUUAUUCAUUCGGCAAUAUAAAUUUAAAAGAUGAUUUCUACAAUAUGUAUUUAUUUUUGGCGAAUAAUAGAAUUUCCAUAAAAUUACUUUGGAAUUUUCUUAAAUCAUUUUCCUCCUCGUCAGUAUCCCAUGAAAAUCUGUACUCUUACAUUCAACAAUCGUUUUUCGAUAGUAAACAUCAACCAUCGAUAAAAAAUUAUUUUAGCAGAAAACUUUUGCCCGAAAUACCCUCAACAUCUUCAACGUCCACUUCGUCACCACAAGCAGAAAAAAAGCACAAGCUUGUUCCAGAAUGCAAAGAUACUUGUAUAGAAAUUGAACCUAAUUUGAUGGACUUGGAUAGUAUAGAAGAUGAUAUUAUACCUGAUACACCACCGCAUGUAUCCGAAAUGAGAUUUCAAAAAAUUUCAAAAAGUUUAAUUCCCGCAUCUAAAGAGGAAAUUUCAAAAAAAAUGCCCAAUAAUCACGACGAGAUUGUUGGUCUUUUAGGAUUUGAUGGAAAUGCUAAUAAGUCCAAAGAAAAAUCAGAUGAUAAUACUUUGCUAUCGGAGCUCGAUAAAUUACGGAAGAAUAGUAAAUCGAACAUCUUGGAAAAAGUGGAAAAAAGCAAAGAAAUUAGUCAAAAUGAAUCAUUUGAGAUAUCUGGUGUUGAAAAGUCGCAGAAAAGGAAAAUUACCGAUUAUUUUACCAAACAUGAAAAAUCUUAAUGAAACGUUUUUAGUACUAGACAAAAUAUAAUUUAGGUACC